GGGUCAGUUUUCGCUUCUCUUUGCAGCUGGGACUUCUCACCUGGAGCCUGUUUGCUGAGAAUCCGAUGUGGGGCUCGGCUUCGUGGCUGGACACAGCAGAUCGGCCCAUGAAAACGUCUAUCCCCGGCCAAAGGAAGAGGUCCGGCAAAAGACAGCACCUCCUUUUCCAGGCUUGGCAGCAGAAGAGGGGACGGGAGGUGGCGACGGUAGAGCCCGAGAAGAAGACUGAAAGGUGACAUUGAAGUUGAAGAUGGGUGGUGGAGAAAGAUUCAACAUUCCAGUUCCCCAGCCUAGAAAUAUUAACAAGAAUCACCAACAACUUAAAAACAGGCAAAAAAGCAAAGAUCAGAAUUCUCAGAUGAAGAUUACCUAUAAGAAGAAAGAAAGGGGGCAUGGAUGCAACUCAUCAUCUGUUGCAUGGCAGGCCAUGCAAAAAGGAGGAAAGAAUGCUGUGCACUUCCAAAAUAAUCAGAAUUGGAAUCCUGCUUUAUCAAGUCCCAACACACUUUUUACAUCUCGAACCAAUCAGAACUAUGCUGGAGCAAAAUUUAGUGAGCCACCUUCACCAAGUGUUCUUCCUAAACCACCAAGCCACUGGGUACCUGUUUCUUUUAACCCUUCUGAUAAAGAAGUAAUGACCUUUCAACUUAAAACAUUACUAAAAGUCCAGGCUUGAGAGAACUUGAAACACGUUUAAAAUUACAGGGUUUCAAAUUUGAGAAUUAGUCAAAAUACAUAGUUCCAAAAUGCACUGUUUCUCAUGAGAUUGCUUUGUUGCAUAUAAAAGUUGUGUCAUGACGAGACACGAGGACUUUUCUUGAAGAUCCCAAACUUCCACCUCAUUCAGGUUUGGUGCAUUUUACUGUGAAAAACGUAUUUACCAUUAUGCAGCCUAAUCAGUUUUUUCAGUGGCUAUUAAUGCCUGCAUUUACUGUAUUGGUCUUAAAUUGAACUGUUCUCAAAUUUGAAGUAAUGCUACUUAAAAAAGCUGGGUAUCUCAGUGGGUAAGAGCUGCUGUUAUAAAACCAACUUUUCUACAAUGUAAUGCAGCAAUAGAAAGAGUAUGCAACUUACAGAACACUAUGAAAUCUUUAGAAAACAGAACUACUAUCUGUUACACUUAAAGGUCCAUCAGUCACAUGAAGUCUUUUUAAGGCUAAUUAGCAAGGCUUUUUUCUAAGCAAGUCUCUAUCUGGCUCCAGUUGUAUCAGUGAAUUUUUACUUGGCAUUUGUCAGUCAUCAGUUGACAGGGCAGACUAACAUCUGAGCCUGUGACCAAGACUUUGACUUCAAAUUUUACGGGGGGGUGGUAAAGAAAGUCAAAGGAAAUAACAUCUUGAGCUUUACCAAAAUAUAGCAAUGCAUUUAUCUAGAACCUGACCAAGUUGAAGUGUGCCAACUAAUGCAGCACUUUGCAGUGCCAGGUGACUGCUAAAAACUUUUACAACCUUUCCUUAUUUGGAUUGCACUGAGCAGCUUUUAAAACGAAUUUUUGUAUUGGUUUUAUAUAUCUGAAAGAACAGAAAUUAGAGUUGUUCAGGUUAGUGUUAAAUUUGGAUACCUGGUAAUAUGGAUGUUUAAAUUAGUGAAGCUUGUGGUGAGUGUAAAACUUGUUUAAAUAUAUAGGGAAGAAAGAGCCAUGUAAAUAAAUGUAAAACUUUGUAGCAUAUGUAAAUUUAUGCUGGGCUUUCCUGCAGAAAAUAUUUUUAGUACAAAACUGCUGAAUGUAAGAAGACCAUGCUGAGUACAUGGCCUGAUUUAAAAGGAAAAAAAAAUAUUUUGUUAGGGAAAAAAAAACAAACUGUAAAAGCACAUGUGGCUGUGCCCUUGCACUUAUGUACCAGUGAAUGUGCACGUGUUUGAUUUGAAGCUGUCUUAUUUUUAAAGUAAAUUUAGUGCAAAAAACAGCAUAUUGAUUUUUUUUUAAUGGUUUUUUAAAAAAAAACUUUAAAUUUAUGUGUGCUCAUGUUUUGAAUGCAUAAAUGAUAGUAUCUGUGAUUUAUUGUAACGCACCUAAAUGCACUGAAAUUUUGAUUCAAGUCCUUAACCAUAGUUAUUUAGAUGCAUACAUACUUGAGAUCUGGUGGUCUAGGAUUUAAUGCAAUUCUAGCUGGUUUUAUCAGUCUCCCCUUUUUUUAAUUGUUGAUCAUAUCUCAAAGGAAUUAGUGAAGAUUAAGCCACUUGGCCCCUGGUUUUCAUGAACUAUAACUUGGUCGUCACCAUGUCUCAAUAACAUUGAAUAUAAAAAUUGAGCAAGUAUAAAACCCUUAAGAACUUGGUUUCCAGUGUUUGCAGCCAGCAUGUGGGUAUUUAAAUAAAGGCCAGUGCUUUUAAUAAAACCCAGUGCUCGGUUUUAUUGAGUGAUGCCAUAAACUAUCAUCUAGAAAAAAGUGCUUCUGUAGUAAAUACAUGAAAACUUGAAUUGUGGCAUACUAAGGAAUACAUGAAGCAUCUGUUUAAAAUGCAGGUCUAAUAGAUUGUGAGUAAGCAGUUAAAAUGAAGUUACAAAAUGACUUAUUUCAGCAAAUAAGUUCAAGUACUCAAGAUGCACUUAAGUACAAUACAUUGUUUAUACAUUCAAAAUGUUGGCAGUUAUUGAAAUGUUUAAAAUGCACUAAUCCAAAAAAAAAAUUGGCAAUUUCUUAAAUUUAUCAUCAUCCUUAUUUCCCAAACUUUCACCGAAUUAAAAGUUAUAGCCCAAAACUAAAUGUGUUGUAUUCUAAAAUUAAAGAUUAUAAAGUACUGUGUGUACUUUUAUGGAUUGGAAAUCAUAAAAGCAAAAUAAACUACCUAACCUUUUCUCCCCCAAA